UUAGAAAACUUUGGCCAGUGCUAAAUACACUGUUUUGUGUGUGCAAAAGAGAACUUGAUGCCACUUUUUGCUUUCUGUGAAACCAAACGCCAAGCUUCCGACCAUGACGACUGAAUGAGCCAUCAAUCCAUUGAUCCACAUAGACCCACACGACAAAUUGACCUGUGAAGGGGCGAAACAAAGAGACGUGAGUGGUCUCCCUCGCCAGUGGGCGGAGAUUAUCACAAAGUCGCCAUGAGAAAGAGGAGCAAGACCGUCGAUUUGCGCACAGCGGCACCUUGCCAUGAUGCCAAAGCAGUUGGGGACGAUUCCAAUUCCGAAACUCAGGCUGAAAGUGACACCGAGGAGUCACAUGAAGUUUUGAGUAACCGAAGGCGGAUAAGUGUUAUCGAACUGUGGAGACGACGAGAGCGCAAGAGCCUAGGCCAGCAACAAGCGUCGGAUAUCCCAACGGUUCAAGGUAGCAGAAGUUUUCCAAACGAAAAAUCGUGGCUACAAUCGUCGACAAAGAUCAAUCAAGCAAUAUCGGAGGAGUUAAAAGCUCCUGCUGUUCACCUACUUUCGGAAUCAAGCGCUGAGGAGAAAGAUAACAGCACCCCGGCAGCAACAAAAGAUGCCACAGUGGCACCAUCUAUGAAUAGGCGAAAUGUACAUACUGGGUCUACUCGUGGGAUUCACCGAAGUCCCAAGCAAGAGGCAAUGCAGCCCCUCGAUCUUUUGGCAAGACGGCGGGUCGACGUGGCGCCUCUCGAGAUUCCAUUGGAAAGACGAGAUACCGACGGGCCCGAGCUGGCUACCAUUGACGUUGAAAGUCCAAAGCAGAGCCCAAAGCAAACGAUCUCGAUCCCAUCCCCUCUGACAAAAAAGAAGCAAUAUGCCCUGAGAAGACGUGCGGAUAUUCUUGACAUGUGGACACAGAGCGAAAGAGGAAACGUUUCGCCGUCCCCCCCUGGAAUCAGGAGAUCUCCAGCAUCGGUUGCAUCCGUCUUCUUUGAUACGGAGACCGGAGAAUCGCCCAAGUCAAAGGAUAUUGAGAAAGGCAUCGGUCACACACCGCAUACUAAAGAGCCAUCUGAUCGACCUUGUCAGAUUCAGCCUCAGUCUCGGCGGUCUCUUUCGGUUCUGGAUCGUUGGAAGAAAGGAAUGAUUCAUACUGAUGAUUUUUCCGUCUCGCCGGACCGUCCUCCAUCAAGCCAUGAGCAGGAAAAGAGCGCAAACCUACAAGAUAAACCAAUGGACGCUCGAACAGACGAAACAAACGAGGCUGUUGCUUCGCAAGUCGACGCUCGUCAAAAGGUGGAAUCGGCCGCGAACGAGGCCAAAUCGGUUGUAAUCAAGUCCUCACCCAACAGCAGCCCACGCCACUUGAUCCCUUGCAGCAGAUAUCAGCUUCCCCAUCGUCCCGAAAGAGCUUCAAGGACCAAGGAUUGGCUUGCCCCGCAUAUAGCAGCUCAUAGCGAGAGCGCAAAGCAAUCGGAUCAGGAAAAGGUACCUAGAACAGGACAACCCGAGCAAGAUGGAGCAAGCGAUGUUGAUACUGUUAAGAUCUCAGGUUCUUCUCUGAGCAUGAGAGCGAGAAAAGCAUGGGAUACUCGACAGCGGAGUCACUACGUUGAUGUGGCCCAGAGCGCAGAAUCUAGAAGCGGGGAGAGAUUCAGCGCCCAGAGUCGAGUACAGAUCUCGUCCUCCGGUGAUCAUUGUGAAGCAGAGAACUCAUCAAUCGAAUCGACAUCACACAAAGUAGUCUGCUACCCCGAAAACGCGGAAGGAAUCAACGGCGAAUCGGAGAUCAAUGAUCAGCAAAGUAGAAGAGCCUAUGUUUCUCCCGUGAGAAAAAACCUGGAAAAGUCAUUCGCAUCCGUUAUGAACACGGAGCCAAGCUCUCAGGGUGAUGAAAAAUCUUUGGUCGCCACUGGUUCCAACACAGAUCGGCGCACCUAUGGGCCCAAGUUCGCUCAUUUAAUCACCGAACCAUCUCCAGUUUCGAAGCUGUCGAGUCCUGUGGAUUCCAGCAAGCUAAGGGCCCGUAGUGUCGUUGCAAGAUGGACAAACAGAAGCAGCAACUCUGUUUCAAACAGUUCCAAGGGCAGCCAAGCAUCUUCAGUUGCUUCUGAAGAGGACGACGAGGUUUCGCAGGUAGAGGCAAACGCUCAGGAGCCGGCGAUAGAACCAGAAGACUUUUCGACUGGCGCACCGAGCGAAGUCUGUUUGCCUCAAGGCCAGGCGAGCACAAAAGUGCAACCGAACAGCGACAGAGAAGAGAAUGAGCGUUUCACUGUGGUUGCAUCUGGAAGUUUGCGUGAGGAUGAAGUUCUUGAUGACGCAAGGACUUCAGUCUCAGAUAUAGAACUACGCCCUUACGAUGAGAAGGCUCAAGAUCGGAGACACAAGGCAAUAUACUAUGAAAAGUUCCAAUCUUUGCGAUCUUGUUCGAGCGCUCCGACUGAAGGUUACAAAUAUACGACCGACAAUGCUUCCUAUGGCCAAGGUCUGCCGUCAUCAAUGGUAGAACAAGGGGGGGACACGUUGAGACUUGACUUUUCUCAGGAAACAGUAUUGUCCUCUCGAUCGGACUUGUCCACGCCAACAGCAGAUUCUAUGCCACAACUGACUCUAUCAGACUCGUGGAGUACGCAACCCAAUGGCCGCCAGUCGGCUCAGGCAUCUAUUGGAUCUGGGUCUGGGUCUGCGUCAAAUCGAUUGGAGGUGUCCACGAAGGCUGCUUUUUAUGCAUCUGAAGCAGUGAAGCUAGGCUUGGGAACAACCCCUCAGAAUUUUCCUACGGGCUCCAACCGAAGUGUUCCUCGUACUGAAUAUGAGAAGCCAUCCAACCACCAUGAGAAAGGCUUGGGUGUGAACUCACGCCACGUCCAUUUGAGUUCUGGGACUCGAACUAGCAAGCCGAAUGAGGUCCAUUCUUCUACUUCUCGUCAGGCUGAAGAUGAAAGGGGGCCCACUACCCCAGAAUCAGCCUCAGAUUCCAAUCCUCAACAAAUUACCGUAGAUGCAAGCUUUGAAUACUUGAAAACGAACACUGCUCAAGACGUAGCUAUGAGUGCUGGAAGUCAAACCAUCACAAACCCAAAAGACAUUCAAUUUGAUUCCUCUCCUUGGGUUGAACACGAGACGCAGCAAGAGUUAGGCAAGAACCCUCCAAAUUUUGCGAUGACGGCUAGCAGUAAUGCCGAGACAAGCUACAACCAGUUUGAAGCUCCGUUGGUGGAGAUGCUCGCCACUCAGGAGUCUCUCGAAAGCCUGCCUGAGGUAAUCCUCACCGAAGAGGAAUCAACCCAUGAACCCAUUGAAAAGCUGCAGAUGAGGCUCGCGACGCAGGAGUCUUCCGAAAGCCUUCCAAAGAUACCCAUCAGCGAGCAGCGUAGUGAAAGCCCACCCAUGAUUUUGCUUUCCCAAGAGCCUAUCGACUGCCAAUCCAAGGUGCAGAUCACCCAAGAGAACAGCGAUAGCUUGUCUCAAGUAAUCACAGCUCAGGAACCCAGCGGAGCCGUACCCAAGGUGCCCGUGACCUUAGAACCUAACAGGGGAAACACACCGAAGGUACUUGUCGCUCUCGAGACAACCCAAGCCAUGCCCAAAGCGCUCGUCGCCCAGCAGUUUGUCGAAGCCACACCAAAGAUGGUGUCUAACACCAGUUUUGAGCUCGCACCGAAGCUCUUCGUUAUUCCAGAGCAAACAUAUGAUUCCGACAGCUCGCUAAAGGAAAUUGCCGCAGAAAACCCAAUCGAAUCCCACAGGGUACAAGGAAAAGUCUCUCCGAGUCUCUCUUCUGAUUCCCAAACUCACGUUGCUGACAACAUCAAAGGGGAUUGCGAAUUCAGGACAAGACUUGACUCCCCGGGCCCAAGCUAUCCGCAGUCGUCCAUUUCCUGCCCUACGAUAGAGCGAAACGAAGAAAUGACGGGGUCCCCAGAGGUCAAUAAUGUUAAUCCUCUCGUGGCCAGUGUCGCUGUUGGCCUUGCUGCGAUGAACAGCACCACUACGGAAAGAGAUACUCUCGUCCGUAGCGCCGAAGCUUUCGAAGCCAAUGAAACCUUAGAAAGAAUCUUGGCGGACGAAGACAAUUCGGACGCAGAAGCUGUCCUUAGCGUCGGAACUGUCGAAGCCCAGGCAACUUUGGAAAGAAUCUUGGCGGACGACGAGAAAACGGCAACUUCAGAAACGGUUGUCACGACGGAAAGCCAAACGAACGGUACUGGUGUCAACGAAGACAAUCCAAGCGACGAAGCAAAUGUCCCGCACGGAGACAAUGUGGCGGAGACACCGGACGUGGCUCACGAAGAGCAGACGACCUUGGCGGCAGGUGUUACCCACGAAGGCAAGGCAACAACUGGCGACCCAAGGGUGACCAAAGGUGUCAUUGAUAACUCGCGACCAUUCUCUGUCGCUGCUGCCUACGCCGAGAAGAAGAAAGCUGACUCGACGACGAACAUGGCUACCGGUAGGAAAACGCAUGCAGAGAGGAUGAAGUCAUAUGUAAAAAGGAGACUGGGAAAAGAGCCAACACCGAGUGAGAAGCCGCCCUCCGAGCGUCGACGAAACCAGCGGCAGUCCUAUUUCCUGAAAAGGAGCAAGCUGCGAGCCCAGCGACGCAAACUGGACAGCCCGAAUUUAUCGCAACAAACAACAAAACCCGGUUCGCCAGGAAAACCCCCUUCAGAUACGGUGGACCAGUGCAACAAAGACACCGAGGCGACCAAUGGGACCAAUGGGUCCAAUGAGUGUCGACCAAAGAAGAAAUGCAACAUCAUACAAACCGGAUCGGAGUCAGCUACAUCAGUGCGUAACCAAGACGCCUCUCACAAGGCAGAAACGAGCUGUCAUGAACAAGCAACGUCUGAAUCGGGCCACUCGGAUACUCUCUCUUUCUUUAGUCAUGCUGGUUCGGCAUUUUCGGGUUUUACUGCGCCGUCAUCUAUCGCACAAUCCGCCUUCACUCCGGCCCACCAACGUUUGAUUGAACAAGCACAAGACCUUACCAAGAGAGUACUGUCGAAGUCGGAGGACACCCAAAAAGAGACCCCAACGGUGACCAAGACAUCCUCUGUCCAGUGGAACGACGCCACAGAUGAGAGCAGCGAGGCCCAAAGGAACGAGUGUAGCGGUCUGGCGAGCAGAUACAACACAUCUUCUCGGUUCCUCGACGUGGAUUCCCAUGCAACCUGCAGCUUCGCGGCAGACAACUCAACAGCGAGUUCUGCUAUCAUGUCGUCUCAUGCGAACUCUACCUAUUGCUCUGAAGCAAGUCGUUCCUUCGACUCCGCAGCAAGCGGCAGCGAGAUGUACACUUCUGUGGAUGACGCAAACCGCAAAGAGGAGCCCUCGAAGUCUGGAGUCUUACAAGAAGAGAUUUCGGAAGCCUUUCAGAAUGCUUAUCAAUCCUUCGACAUGAAAAAGCUAUCAGACAACGUCAGCGGAUCUGUGAUUGGUAUUGAUUUGCACGCUAUUACAACAGGAUUGAAUUCUGCCUCCGAGUCGCUGAGGAAGCUCGUUGAUACCGGCGCAAACGCGAAAUGCUCGAAAUGUAGACCCGACUCGAUAUGUCAAGGAGAGACCACAGAAUCGAAUCCAACGAAGCCGACAGUGAAAGGGAGCAAGGGCACGGACGCCACACUCGACGAAGGAAUUGCAAUUGAAGUCGAGUACGUAUCGGACUCAGACGACACUCAGACCGAAAUGGGCCACGAAGAAGAGAUCAGCGAGGCAUUCAGUCUUUCCCAGUCUCCUUCGGGUGAUAGCAGCCUUGUGUAUUUGGGUCAGUUCAAGCUGGGAGCUAAAGUAUAAUCAGUGAUAUUAGCGACAACGUAUAACUCAACAUCCCUUCGAGCUAAUCAUUCGUCAACAUCUUGAAUGACAAUGGAUCACCCAGCUAGCCGC